CUGUGGUCAAAACAGACACGGCGCAGCAGACUCUGGCGGUACACCUGCUGCAGGUCCGUGCGGGGAGUGUAGCGUGUUAGUGUGUGUCACACCUGCGCCGAGGCAGCGGCUGGAGUCUCCAGAGCCCGCUGAAGACGAGCGAGUCAUGGACGACGACGAACACCACCCGGAGCUGGAGAACAUGGCGCGCUUGGGCGUGCCGGGCGAGGAGCCACGCCGGCGGCGCAGCAGCAGCCCGCGCCUGCUGGACCGCGUGCAGCUGUUCGACCGCGUGGCACAGGAGCACGCCGAGUCGCAGGCCACCAACCCCUUCUCCGACCACUUCCAGGGCCGCAUCUCGCCUCGGCCCGACGACCCCGACUACGGCAAGCCGAAGGCUGGGUCCAAGACGGAGCUGCGAGGCAAGAAGGCGUCAUCGCAGGUGCACAAGGAGAUGCUGGAGCUGUGCAGCAUCAUUAGCGAGCACGGCGAGCCGCUGGAGGGAGGCGGCGCCGUCAUCUUGUUCGGCGAGCUCUUCCAGAUCUACACCUACAUCUCCAACAAGGUGGUCGGGCUGCUGCUGAGGGCGCGGAAGCAGAAACUGGUCGACUUUGAAGGCGAGACGCUGUUUCAGAGGAGGGAUGACGACGUGCCAAUAGUGCUGCUGAUGCCCCUGGAGCAGGUGCGCGAGCACUUCCGCAAGCAGGACGGCGAGUAGGCAGCAGAGGCUCGGAGCAAACAUGGCCGCCCACGACUUUCCAGUGGCCGCAGCCUUACUGCUGACACCGCCACCCGCCGCUGCCGUGCCGCACUGAGGCGGCCAUCUUGAUCCGAGAAGAUUUUAUGAGAUGUCAAUGUGAGCCGGCACAAAUCACAUAAUGGGGAAACACUUCACAGCAGAAGUCUGUAUGUAACUUGUCUACCAUGAGAUAUAUGUAUGUAAGUGUAUAGAGAAUCUCAUGCUAGAAAAGUGACAUACAGCCUUAAGCUGUGAAGUGUUUCCCCAGUAAGUGGCUUGUGCCGGCUCAUGUAUAUAUUCUCCUCUUCCCUACCAUUUCCAGGGUUUUGCACAUUUUGUUUCACUAUGUAACAGUGUGGAUGGAUGCUCUUUCAGGUGCCAGUCACCUAGAUAACCAAAGGGAGGCAAGUCGUGUGUAGUGAAACUCUGAAUGGUGUGAACUUCAUGCUGUUUGUUAUACUAAUUUAAAUGUUUGUGUAUCAGAUCGGUUGAGGUGGAAGUUGGAGACCACCUCAGCUUUUGCCUAAAUGAGCGUUAUAUAUAUAUGGUCAUCAAAUCAGUAUAAAUUUGAAAACUGAAUAAAUCACAGAAUAAUGUAGGUAGAGAGGUACAAAUUUACACACAUGCUGGGAAGGACAUGGGGUUUUAUUAGAACCAAAAAGAUACACUUACGACUUCAGGUAACCCACGAAGACAAUAAUCGCACGGACUGAGGUCUGGGGACCUGGGAGGCCUAGCAUGACAAAAGUGGGGGCUGAGCACAGAAUCAUCACCAAACGACGUGCAUCUGUCGGACAUUUUGUAAACUUUGUUUUUUUUGUUCUAAUAAAACCUCAUGUCAUUGUAAGCAUGUGUGUCAAUUUGUAACUCUCUAUCUACAUUAUUCUGUGGUUUAUUACGUUUUCAAAUUUAAAAUAACUUUUUGAUCACC